GAUUCGGCGGUAGGAACAUGGCGGCCGCGGCCCGGCCGGUAACGGAGAAAGUUUCCAUCGAGACUGGCCUGUACUAGAGCGUGUGGCCUCAGGCCCUCGACCCCCCUCCCCCCGCUCCCGGCGUGCCACCUUCCCGCUCCGAGUCUCAGGCUCAGCCCCAAGGACCCUCCCUUUUCUGUGUUGGCCCCAGAGCUGACUCCGUGGGUUGAGAGAGCAUUGGUGGCGGCGGCCGAGUCAGAUCACUAUAAACAAAAAUUCCACCAGAGGAAAUGUGGAAAUAGGAGUUACGGAUACAUUGGAUUUGCUGAAUGAAAUACAAGCAGAUAAUUUUUGAAACGUGGGGAGAAAGCCCAAAUUGCCAGAUUACAUGUGUAAAUCACUGCGUUACUGCUUUAGUCAUUGUCUCUAUUUAGCAAUGACAAGACUGGAAGAAGUAAACAGAGAAGUGAAUAUGCAUUCUUCAGUGCGUUAUCUUGGCUAUUUAGCCAGAAUCAACUUACUGGUUGCUAUAUGCCUAGGUCUUUAUGUAAGAUGGGAAAAAACAGCAAAUUCCUUAAUUUUGGUAAUUUUUAUUCUUGGUCUUUUUGUUCUUGGAAUUGCCAGCAUACUCUAUUAUUAUUUUUCAAUGGAAGCGGCAAGUUUGAGUCUCUCCAAUCUUUGGUUUGGAUUCUUGCUUGGCCUCCUAUGUUUUCUUGACAAUUCAUCCUUUAAAAAUGAUGUGAAAGAAGAAUCAACCAAAUAUUUGCUUCUAACUUCCAUAGUAUUAAGGAUAUUAUGCGCUUUGGUGGAGAGAAUUUCUGGGUAUGUCCGUCAUCGACCCACUUUACUAACCACAGUUGAAUUUCUGGAACUUGUUGGAUUUGCUAUUGCCAGCACAACUAUGUUGGUGGAGAAGUCUCUGAGUGUCAUUUUACUUGUCGUAGCUUUGGCCAUGCUGAUUAUUGACCUGAGAAUGAAGUCUUUCUUAGCUAUUCCAAACUUAGUUAUUUUUGCAGUCUUGUUGUUUUUCUCCUCAUUGGAAACUCCCAAAAAUCCAAUUGCUUUUGCAUGUUUUUUUAUCUGCCUGAUAACCGACCCUUUCCUUGACAUCUAUUUUAGCGGACUUUCAGUGACUGAAAGGUGGAAACCCUUUUUGUACCGUGGAAGAAUAUGCAGAAGACUUUCAGUUGUUUUCAUUGGAAUGAUUGAGCUUACCUUUUUUAUUCUUUCAGCAUUUAAACUUAGAGACACUCACCUCUGGUAUUUUGUAAUACCAGGCUUUUCCAUUUUUGGAAUUUUCUGGAUGAUUUGCCAUAUUAUUUUUCUCUUAACUCUUUGGGGAUUCCAUACCAAGUUAAAUGACUGCCAUAAAGUGUAUUUUACCCACAGGGUGGAUAACAAUAGCCUUGAUAGAAUCAUGGCAUCCAAAGGGAUGCGUCACUUUUGCUUAAUUUCAGAACAGUUAGUUUUUUUUAGUCUUCUUGCAACAGCAAUUUUAGGAGCAGUUUCCUGGCAGACAACAAAUGGAAUCUUCCUGAGCAUGUUUCUGAUAGUUUUACCAUUGGAAUCCAUGGCUCAUGGACUCUUCCAUGAAUUAGGUAACUGUUUAGGAGGAACAUCUGUCGGAUAUGCUAUUGUGAUUCCUACCAACUUCUGCAGUCCUGAUGGUCAGCCAACACUUCUUCCACCAGAACAUGUACAGGAGUUAAAUUUGAGGUCUACUGGCAUGCUCAAUGCUAUCCAAAGAUUUUUUGCAUAUCAUAUGAUUGAGACCUAUGGAUGUGACUAUUCCACAAGUGGACUGUCCUUUGAUACUCUUCAUUCCAAACUGAAAGCUUUCCUUGAACUUCGGACUGUGGAUGGACCUAGACAUGAUACAUAUGUUUUGUAUUACAGUGGGCAUACCCACAGCACAGGAGAGUGGGCUCUUGCAGGUGGAGACAUACUGCGCCUCGACACACUUUUAGAAUGGUGGAGAGAAAAGAACGGUUCCUUCUGUUCUCGCCUUAUUAUCGUGUUAGACAGUGAGAAUCCAACCCCUUGGGUGAAAGAAGUGAGAAAAAUCAACGAUCAGUACAUUGCAGUGCAAGGAGCCGAGAUGACAAAGACCAUCGAUAUUGAAGAAGCUGACCCACCACAGCUGGGCGACUUCACAAAAGACUGGGUAGAAUAUAACUGCAACCCCAGUAAUAACAUCUGCUGGACCGAAAAGGGACGCACUGUGAAAGCGGUGUAUGGUGUGUCAAAACGGUGGAGUGACUACACUCUGCACCUGCCAACGGGCAGUGACGUGGCCAAGCACUGGAUGUUACACUUCCCUCGCAUCACGUAUCCACUGGUGCAUUUGGCCAACUGGUUGUGUGGUCUGAACCUGUUCUGGAUCUGCAAAACUUGUUUUCGGUGUUUGAAAAGAUUAAAAAUGAGUUGGUUUCUUCCUACUGUGCUGGACACAGGACAAGGCUUCAAACUUGUCAAAUCUUAAUCUGGAACCCAAAGUGGAAUAUUACUGAGAGUUCAUACUACCAGUCAUCACUAACUUGCCAUUUUUUGUAUAUUAUUUUUUUAUUUGUGAAAAAUAUCUUGCUACUUCUGUAGCUUGUUUCACUUUGUCUUUUCUCAAGUAAUUAUGGUGUAUGUAAGAUGUUGGGAAUAAGCAUUUUAUCCUAAAGUAUGUAAGGAGUCAUAAAUGCUGAUGCUGUGUACAUGCAUAAGAGAUGUUAAAAAUAACAAUGCACUUUGAGGAAUGUUUGCAUAUGCCUCCGAUCAGAAAGAAAACACUUGUCGAUGCUCUGCAGUGGCCAGUGAAGAAUUACUAAUGCCUUAUUUUCUAGGCAUAGGUUAGAGAAUGUAGACCAGACAGUUUGUUUCCUAUUAUAAGAAAACUUUCAAUUUGCUUACAAAAGAUUAUUUUUUUGUGAACAGUAGGCUUGGGUCCAAGACCAUUUAAGAAUUACAAGCUCUUAAAAAAGAAUAAAGGAAGAAACGAGUGCACAAAUGUACUUAGAGUCUACCACAUUCAGAUGUCUUGCUUGUGGCCUCUUACCAGUUUAGCAGUGAAGCCCAGAUCACUGUUUAAGAUCAAAACAUUCUUCCUGUAGGUAACUGUAAGAAGCUAGAUGCCUACAAAUUGCUCCUUCCUGCACUACCGUGGGGGCUCCGAAAGCACUGGCAAUUUUAAGAGUUUUUCUCAGGGUAACAGUGUUUUAAUGAACAAUGUUUCCAGCUACAAAUAUCUUCCAAAUAAAUUGUCUUCCCUUUCAAAAAGUAAACAUUUAAAAGAAAUUUAGCAGUUUCUCACCGAUUUAGGCUAUUUUCAUUCUUCAGAAAUGAUUCUGAUCUCUGUGGAGUUAAUGCUAUGUCAUGAAAAAUUAUUUUUCAAAUCUUCCAUUAGUGAUGACAUUUUUUUCUACUGAAAGUCAAAGGAUUGGAAACAGAUCAUUUUUUUUCUUGUAUACAUGUAAUGUAUUAUGUUAAAAAAAAGUGUUCAUGUUGGCAAUUUUUGUUGUGCAUAAUGGUGUGGUUGUAAUUUUUAAAACUUAAUUCAGUGUUUUGUCUGAUUAAAGCAGGCACUGAUCAGGGUAUCCCCUAAGAGGUAAUUUACCUCCUAUUCCCUUCCAAAAAUUCUUACAUUCUAAAUUUUCGUAUCUGAGAAAUAACAAGGGGGGAGUGGAAUUAAAUUAGGGGAUAAUCUAAUCUUUGUUGUUUUAAGUAGUGUGACUUCUCACCAUUGAAGCCAUUUUUCCAGCCUCAGAGAGGGGAAAUAAUGCCUCUACCAUUUUCUACCUGGUGACUUGAAAAUUGAAGUUUUUGUUAGGUAGAAGUCACUUAGUGUCAGGGAACUCGUAUACCACUAUCUAUGCAGCAUUGUUACAGUCCGAUUAUUGCUGUGUUUAAAAUAAGACUUUCCUAAUGCUUUCAAUAAAAUAUUAAAAAUUAA